UGUUGUAUUUACGGUCUCUGAUUGAACCUUCUCGUUGUAUUUACGUUCUCUGCUCUGGGUGUACAAUGGGGAAAGUUGAAUUAAAAAUCGAAAAUUGCAUCCUUAUUAUCGAAUAUAAAAAAGUUGUAGCACGAAGAAUGUUAACGAUAAUAAAUUAUUCCACAUCUCUGGCCUUUUCUACAAUUGUAAACAUAGAUUUGUAUGUAAUUUGAAGUACAAGGAGAAAUCGUGCUAAUUUUUUAGAAUUUGUUACCGUAUAUAAUUCGAUGAAUACUGUUUUGCAGAAUUAAAAUACUCUAUAUGUAUAAAUCUAUUGCAAAUCGAUUAGGAAAUAUAUAGAAAGAUUUUUGUAUAUAUCUUAUCAGACAUAUUUUGAAGAAAACCCUAUAAAAAUUGAAGGAAUGACGUACAUUCGAUGAAUUGAAUAAUAUCUACCGUGGAAUAAUUUCUUUUAUAAUUCGAUCGACGUUAACGAAAUGGAUGAAGAACUCUUGUACAAUAAAGAAAAGCUCAACAUCCAAAAAUCUUGUAGGGAUUGGCAGGCUGAAGAAGUUGUAGCAUGGGCUGAAAAACAAGGAAUGGAUUAUAAAGUUAUAAACUGUUUAGCUGCUGAGCAUAUCGAUGGUAGUGACAUUCUUGAGUUGACUGAAAAUGAUAUUCGAGAUUUUCGCUAUCGUCUUCAAUAUCGGCUUACUAUGAGCGAUAUGAAAAAACUUUGGGUUGCUGUUCGUAAACUACAACAGAUUAAUUAUACAACGCCUUUUGGUUCUUCGCAAAGAAAUACGUUUGAGUCAGCGGAUAAUUCACCAAUAAGUCGUCAAUGUUCACAUCAUCAAUGCGGCAUAAUCGGCUGUGGUAAUGUGGGUGGUUGUAGUUGUGGUUUCAGCCGAACAAAUCCUACUAGCGCUGGGGCUAGUUGCUAUUAUUCCGAUGUAUGUUCACCACCUCCUCCCACGUUAAGUGGUAGCGCCGAAGAGGAUAAUCUGUCUCCGCCGUUGUCAAUAGAUGGCCGUGCAACUAAUAUACCACCAGAGUUAUUCAAAACCGCCAUCAGUUUAGGCUAUUCGUUUCUUGUCACUUGGAUAACUUCCUUUGUAAUGGUCAUAGUACAUGAACGGGUGCCUGAUAUGAAGCGCUAUCCUCCGUUACCAGACAUUUUUCUUGAUAAUGUCCCACAUAUACCGUGGGCUUUUCAUAUGUGCGAGAUAACGGGCACUUUAUUGUUCAUUAUUUGGUGCAGCGUUUGCAUCUUUCACAAAUAUCGUCUGGUACUCUUACGACGUUUCUUCGCUCUUGCAGGAACAGUUUUUCUGCUUCGUUGUGUAACAAUGUUGAUAACAUCGCUCAGUGUGCCUGGCACACAUUUGCAAUGUAAUCAAAAUGAUUAUGCAGUUGAUGACACCGACUUGACAAUAAAGGAAGCUUUGGAAUUACGUAUAUCUCGGGCAUAUACCAUUUGGAGUGGACUAGGAAUGUCUAUUCAAGGUGUGCGGACAUGUGGUGACUAUAUGUUUAGUGGACAUACAGUGGCUUUAACACUUUUGAACUUUUUCAUUACCGAAUAUACACCACGCAACUUGUACUUUCUGCACACUUUGACUUGGCUUUUAAAUAUGUUUGGCAUAUUCUUCAUACUUGCCGCCCAUGAGCACUACUCGAUAGAUGUGUUUGUCGCCUUUUACAUAACAUCUCGACUAUUUCUCUAUUAUCACACUCUGGCCAAUAAUCAGGCACUAAUGUCGCACGACUCAAAUCGCACUCGCAUCUGGUUUCCAAUGUUUAGUUACUUUGAGAGUUCCAUUGAUGGUAUUGUACCCAAUGAAUUCGACACGAUUGGAGCUCUGAUGGAUGGUCUUUUCCAGUUUAUUUUGAAUUUCAAGGACACAUGCAUGCUAACUGCGCGCCGUAUUUGGAUCGAAGCACCACAGACUCCAACAUGUUCGAACGCAUCGGAAACAACUAACCUUAUAAAUAAAACACAUUCAAAAACUGGACAAAAUGUUGACACAACAAUGCCUGUGGAUGUUCCUAUUACUCCAAAUACGUCGCAGCCUUUGUUUGACAUCAGUAAGAAAAUGACGCAAGGGGUUUUAAAGUCAUUUGGUUCGGCAACGAAUAGUGUCACAACACAAUUAUCGACAACAAGCAACUGCACCCAAACGGAUAAAAAGCAACUGUAGUUAGAAUGCAGUUCAAGGCAGGAGCUUAAUUGGCAUUUAUCAUAUUUCCAAAGUAUUUUGAGCAACCAUAUGUUAGUAAAUUCUAAAAAAACGUAUGAUUUUUUUAUACUUAAGUAUUCAAGUUAUUACAUUCUCAUUGGCAUUUAUUAUGUCAACUUAUAGUAUAUAUGGAUAUAUAGUAGUAUGUAUGUAAACUAUUGUUUUUUUUUACUUAUAAAAAUGAAUUGAUUUACGUGAGCCAUGCUAAAGUUUAGGAAAGUCUUAACAAUUUUGAGUAUUUCCCUGAUUGUUCGUUGGCUCGAUUCAUGAUGCACUAAGCCAAGGUACGUAGUGAUAGCUAAUUUAGUCCGUUCUUUUAGGAUUUCAGGAAAAGCUGAAAUUUAAACUGUACGGAAUGAAUGAAAUAUUGUUUCUUUUUCGCUAAAAUUUUAUAAAAAAAAAAACAAAUACAUUGUGCUUCUAAGGUAUUUAAGAUGGCGAAACUAGAGCAAAAACUUUCUAUAUGCAUCACCUUAGCUCUGUUCGGUGAGUAACGUCAGUAAGAAUUUGCGAGUAACGAAAUUAAGAGAGGAAUUUACUGAGUUUUCACCUGACUGGAUUCAAUAAAAGUUAACAACUAUUUGUUUUGGCAGUUGCAUUC